UCAAGACUUACGUUAAUCUUUCUGCGCCCUCUUCUUCGGUGACACGUCCCAAGCUAGCACAUAUAGCCCGUUUGUCCUCGUCCCGGACCAUCCUCUCUCUUCUUUCAAACUUUUGGUCCACCACCCCGACUGUUUUUGGUGAUUCUUGGACUCGUUCCUUCAACUUUGAGCCUCGCUUUUGUCGACGGUUGUGGCCCAUUCGCGACUCAGCCAGCCUCAACAUCGAUACCUCCUUUUUGAAAGUUGACAGCAAAAUUACAGCCAUAACCCGCCGCGAUGUAUCAACUCUCGCAACUCGUAGCUUUAGCUGCCACCCUGUCAACAGUGAUGGGCGCCUACCAGGGUUUCAACUAUGGCUCUUCGUUCACCAAUGGCGCUGCCAAGCAACAGCCUGACUUCGAAGCCGAGUUUCGAACAGCCCAAGGUCUCGUCGGUGCUCCUGCUGGAGGCUUCACCAGUGCACGACUAUACACAAUGAUUCAAGGGGGUACGGUGAAUGCUCCCAUCUCGGCUAUCCCAGCUGCGAUUGCUACCCGAACAUCGCUGCUUCUUGGUCUAUGGGCUUCUGCUGGUGAUGCUGCGUUCACCAACGAGCUUCAAGCCCUCAGCUCUGCCAUUCAGCAGUACGGAACUGCCCUUGGCAGAUUAGUGGCUGGCAUUUCGGUGGGCAGCGAGGAUCUGUAUCGCAUCUCGCCUACCGGCAUUGAGAAUAAGGAGAACCCCGGAGCCGCACCUCUCACGAUUGCCCAUUAUAUCAAGCAAGUCCGUGACAUUAUUGCCCACACAGCUCUUGAUGGUGUCCCGGUAGGCCACGUUGAUACCUGGACCGCCUGGGUCAACAGCUCCAACCAAGUGGUGGUGGAUGCUUCGGACUUUCUCGGCUUCGAUGGCUACCCUUAUUUCCAGAAAACGCAACAGAACGACAUCGGCCAUAGCAAGUCCCUUUUUGAUGACGCUCUGAGCGCUACCAAGGCUGCAUCCCAAGGCAAGCCGGUGUGGAUUACGGAAACGGGCUUCCCUCUUAGCGGCAAAACCAUGGGCCAAGCCGUCCCUAGCAUCGCCAAUGCCAAAUAUUACUGGGACCAGGUUGGCUGCCCUCUGUUUGGCAGCACCAAUGUUUGGUGGUACACGAUGCAAGACUCUGCCCCGGCGACUCCAAAUCCCAGUUUUGGUCUGAUUGGUAGCACAUUGACGACGACUCCUCUCUUUGACCUCUCUUGUAACAGUAGCAAGCUGAGCCAAACCACUUCUUCUUCGAUCAGUCUCGCUUCUGGAGUUAGCAUUGCUUUGUCACAAUCGGAGAUCUCGACGGUGUCAAGCGCCAUUACAUUUCUCGCCCCCGUUUCCAGUCUUGCUUCAAACGGUUCAUUGACUGUGGCUAGCUUGCCAUCAGGUACUAGCACAGCUGCGAGUAGUGGAAAGGCAAGCUCCAUCAAGGGGUCGAUGGGGGAUGCGAUUGCUGUUGUAAUGUUGGCGAUGGCUCUUUUUGGUCCGUGAUCUGCACUUUGCUGGGUUUCUCCUUUGCUCUCGUAUGUUAUGGGCAGUAUACACAUUGCAGCGUGGUGCUGGUCUACACCCAGGUUAGUGGUUUGCGAAUUGGUAGAGUCCUUAGGUUUGUUCACGUGGUAAAUGAGGGGGAGGAAGCAGCAGGUCUUUAGUCUAUAGAGCUGCUACUCGGGGUCUAAUGAGGCUGUAAGACACAGGCUUUUGGAGUAUUUUUGGUUAGUACAGAACAACCCAGGGGCAGUUUAGAUACCUUAUGCUUAUCUUUCAAGGU